AGAGAGGUUCAUCUCUGCUGCUGCUGCUGACAUGGACUCUUGGACUCCUGGACUCUCCUCAGCUGAGAGAGAGUGCUGCUCUCUCUGAAUGUAACCUCUGCUCUUUUCUGUUCUUUUUCUCUUCUUUAAUUAUUUUCCUCUCCUCCAUCUCCUCCUCCUCUCCUCCUCCCCAGCCUCAUGGCUUGGCCGUGCAUCAGCAGAGUGUGCUGCCUGGCUCGCUUCUGGAACCAGUUCGACAAGUCGGACCUCUCCGUCCCCCUCACCACCCAUAACUACUCAGACAUCCCGGAGCACGAGGUGCACUCCGUUACCAAACAGCUCGCCGCCUCGUACCGGGAGCGCGCGCCAGGGAAUCACUACUCAACCGCGAACCAGGCGCCCACACGGGAUGGAGACGGGACCCGAGGAUCAUUCAGGGCAAAGAAGGAGGAGGAACCCGGAGUGCCUUUCCCCAGUGUCACACAGUACAAGCAGGACUUCAAACCCUGGCCCAUUCCCAGGAAGGAGAAUUUCCCCUGGAUCAGUAACGGAGGGAGCAGCAGUGUCAGUCCGGCGAACACUCACCUCAGCCGGGGUGUGAGGGUGGAGCGGGGCAGGGGGAGACAGGGGGAGGAGGAGAGCAACACCAGCUCCUACAGGCAUGAGUACAGGCCGUGGACGGGAGCGAAACCAGCCAAAAGUACAAAAAAAACUCCUCCAGCUCAAUAUUCCAGCCCGGGCACAGAGUCCUCCCACACCCUGUGUGAGACCAGCUACCAGGCUGCCUACAGUGUGGACAUCUACAGGUCCUCAGCGCUGCAACAGCAGGAGCACGCCAUCCCGUCCGCUGCCUCUAACGUACAACCUGCUGCUGUCCCCCUGUCCAUGCCCUCUGGCCUGCAUGUUGCCACCUCACCCAGCUCCUCCAGCCUCCAGCGGGACAUCACACCUGAGAGGACUGAGCUCAGCAGAACAACUAAGGGAGAGGAGCAUUUGGUGAGGACCAAGAUCCCUCCGAACACGUCCGCGCUCUUUCAAAGUGGAUCCAGGGUCUGAGUCCGUUGUCCACUUUCAAGGAGUCAACAGGAGAAUGGUUUGCGUCCGUUCCACACAACACAAGAAUCUAUGCAAGGGAAUGUACUGUUGGAAAGCCUGUGAAGCAGCAGCAUAAGCAGCGUCCUGAGUGGAAAUAAGAGAAGACACCCCCUCCCCACCUAAACACUCCUCCCUGCCCGUUGCUAUGGAAAUGACCAUGCAUGAAAAAAAAAAGAAGCUUGUUUUUGUUGUGGUUAUAGAGGCACAAAAAAAAGGCCGUUACGUGUUUGCGUGUGCACAUAAAG